UUGAACAGCUGGUUUAUGUUCUUUACGAUUUCACCCCUUUCUCAAUCCAUACGAAAUGUUGCUAAGCCACAAUUGUAUUUGGCAACAAUUUCAACAACCUCCGCAUUCAAGACAGAAGCUGAAGUAUCACAGGUUGACGUGGUGUUACAGCAAUCAACCGGCAAAACUGGGUUUCCAAGUUACACAUUGGAGCAGCAAAGGAAAAUUUUGGCCAUUGUGAAUAAUGAUAAUCAAGAGAUUUUAAAUUACGACAUUGCUAAAACACGUGCCGCCAAAUUGGCUACAUGGAAAAAACGCCAUGGACCUCUGAAGAAUAUAGAAGACAUACUUUUGAUUGAAGGUUUUGGAACGAAGAUUGUGGAAAAAUUCUAUAGAAGUAUGCUUGAGGGAAAAUGUGACGAGAGUAGUGCCUCACGCUCAGCGCGGCAACGUACCGCAGGCUUCAUCACACCAGCAAUUGAUGCUGAACAUCGUUCAGAAAUACGUUCCUGUGUUUCAAUACGUAUCGGAGUGUCCAGUGUAACAUGGGCACGUUUAGAACUGCCUACAACAGAAUGCUCAAAUGAACCUUGUAACUUGACGCAUUGGGAGCAUCAUGAAAUAACCGAGAAAAAACUGCAUUUGUGUGAUUUGGUACAACGCCUGUUGUAUAUUGAUUACCUUAUACCGAAAGCCGAUUGCUAUCUUUUCGAAAAUCCGCAAAUGGCACAGGUCAGUAGUAAUCCGGGUAGCGUGGAUCAGCAAAACAUCAGCAUACAAAAGUCUCAAGUAUCGGCUAUUAUGGCGUAUACAUUAUGCGCACGUGGGAAAUUUGUCGAAGCUUUAAAAAGUGGAAAGGAAAAUAUUGGUGAAAAUGAAAAGAAGUCUGUCGAUAUGAGACCGAAUGUUUUCUACUUACGUCGCUUCCUCACUGCACGUCUGUUCAGUCAACUGAUUGGUACGGAACGUGUUUCUUCUGAAGAAACUAUGUUGCAUAUGAUGCGCACACAUAACAAUGUAAACGAUUUGUUCGAGGAUGAGGUAAAAGGACUUGCCAAAGACCAAUCAUUACCUCCUCAAGGCAAUGUAUAUUUUCCUGUAGCGCUUCGGGAAAUGUUUUCGCGCUCAGGACGCUAUCAACGUGAGUUUCUAGGCCAAUCGCUUUUACUGAAUUUGGCUUUUGUGCGUUUGGUAUUGCUUCAAGAUAAGAAUAGUAUUGCAGCUGUGACACGUAAUCAAAAUUAAUUACAAAUUGGAAGAAUAAGCUGUUGUGAUGUCAAGUAAAGUUUGAAGUUGUUCCAUGCCUUAAUGUGCCGUAGAUUUUAAUUAUAACGACUGGAUUAAAAAAAAUUGUUAAGAGCAACUAA